AUGUUCGCUUCGACGUCACAAAGAAAUGAUGAUGGUUUGCGGGCGUCUUACAAUAUCUCGUUACCUAUAGCAAAAUCCGGAAAACCGCAUACUAUCGGAGAGAAGUUAAUUUUGCCAGCCGUUGAAGAGGUUUUAAAAACUGCAUCUGAUAUCAUUAAAAGAAUUCCCUUAAGCAACAAUACUGUUGAAAGACGUAUUGAUGAAAUGAGUUCUGAUAUUGAAAGCUUCUUAUGUAAUUAUUUGCAAACGACCCAUUUCUCUAUACAACUGGACGAGUCAACUUUACCUGAUAAUACAGCAUUAUUAUUGGCAUAUGUUCGUUUUAUUAUGAAUCAAGAAAUCUACGAAGAACUGCUCUUCGCAAGAACUUUGAUAACCGACACUAAAGGUGAAUCAAUAUUUCAUGUUUUGAAGGAUUACUUCUUUGAAAAAGCAAUUCCUUUAUCGAAUAUAAUAUCAGUAGCUACAGAUGGAGCACCUGCCAUGGUUGGACGUUAUCGUGGAUUUAUAAGCUAUUUAAAACAAAAUGUGUCAGGGGUGUUAGCAAUACAUUGCGUCAUCCAUCGACAACAUUUAGUUGCUAAAAAUUUGAGUGUUAGAUUGUAUGAAUCACUUCAUUUAGUCAUUGAUGCAGUAAACCGAAUCCGAAGCAACGCGUUGAAUACGCGGUUAUUUGCGCAGUUGUGUGAAGAAAAUGACGAACACUUUCAUCAAUUACUCCUUCACACUGAAGUACGCUGGCUGUCGAAAGGCUUAUCUUUGUCAAGAUUUUUUGCACUUUUUGAGACUAUUUUAGAAUUUCUGGAUACUAAAGAUAAAAUUUUAAAAGAAAAUUUAAUGAAGAGGAAAACAGACAUCGCCUAUUUAACAGAUUUGUUUACAAAAUUUAAUAUGGUUAAUUUGCAAUUACAAGGCGACAGUUUAAAUUUGAUUAAAACAAAGUCCAUCUUAUCAGCGUUUCUUGCCAGAGUUAAACUAAUGAAGCAAAAUAUUGGACGGGGCGAAUUUUCUCAGUUCCCCAAUUUGUCACAGACAAGCUGCCAGGAAGACGACGUUUCAACUUACGUUCAACAUUUAAAUGCCCUCUAUUCAGAUUUUGAAUCUAGGUUUGAGGAAACGAAUUUUAAAAACGGAUAUCAGCAAUUCUGGCUGCAAAACAACAUACCCGUUACUUAUCCCGUAUUAUGGAAUAUAGCUAGGAAAUUUUUAAUUUCCUUUCCAUCGUCAUACCUAGUGGAAAGGGGGUUCAGCGCUGUUACCAAUCUCCUAACGAAAAAAAGAAACAGACUGGACAUCAUUAGCCGAUGA